AUGGCUCCACUACCGCUGCACCCAACAGUCCCGGCCAUGACGUCGGUGCUCGCAUCCUCGCAAGAUAGACCCGCCAUCGACGAUGAAGACAGGCCCAUCGAGGUGCUGUUCACCGGGUUCGGGCCCUUCUCGAGUUUCCAGCACAACCCCUCCUGGCUGGCCGUCAAACCGCUGCACGGCCUUACCCUACGCGGAAGCACCUUCCCCGCAAUGGGCAGCACCUCGACGACGACAGCGGCGCAGCAUCAGGCCAAUGACAUGCGUACGGACAAGAAGCGCAAGGCCGUCCACCUGCAGGCGAUCCAGAUCCCCGUCGCGUACUCGGCCGUGCUCGACACCGUGCCGCGUAUCCACAACAACACGCCGCGUCUCCCGCCACCCACGGCCGAGCCGUGGCUCGACCCCGCCGGCGCGCACGAUGGCAGCGCUGGCGAUGGCCGCUCCUUCCCACACGGCUACCGCGGCCUACAGCAUGUGCCGCGGUCGCACCGCAGGCAGCAGCAGCAGCGUAGUGAUGACGAUGACCGUACAGGUGGGCGUGGAGGGGGGGAAGGUGACGGCGGCUACGAUGUCGUCAUCCACGUCGGCGUCGGGCGCUCCGGGUUCAUGCGCUUAGAGACCCGGGCGCACAAGAGCGGGUACCGGUUCCGUGAUAGGAGAAAUGCCCUCGCGCCGUUCGUCUACGGCGACCAGGCGGCCGUGGUCGCGGUGUCGGCGGACUCUGGUGGGUUUGGCAGGGAAGUUACGCAGCCUUGGACUCCAAUGCAGCGGUAUGAGAUGGAGCGAUUGAAUCCGCAGCAGAAGGGCGAUGAACCUGCUUCAUUUUCUUCAUUGACAUGUGCGACAGCGAGAACGAUAAGCAAAGCACCCGAAGGCGAGGGGAGCGAGGACGAGCUUGAGCCCGAGCCCGAGCCGGCGCACGCACUUCGGCGCGGCUUCCCCGCUUCCGCGUACCCCACUAGCGAAAGCUUCCGCGACGAAGAGCGGCCCAACGGGGCCCCAGACUGCGCGGCGGACCGUCCCGUCGACGUGCAGGCGCUCAUGAACCAUCUGCGCGCCGUGCUCCCGCGCAUACCGCCCGCGCUGCUGGAGACGCACGCGCAGGUGCAGGCGAAAGGGCAAAGGCACGAUCAAGGCCAGUUACGACACGGCAGUAGUGCGCACGCACCAUUGCAGCAGCCGGCGGAGCAUAUGCGGCAGUUUGGAUAUACAUCACAGCCAAUGCUGCAGGAGCAGGAGCAACAGCAGGCACAAGCUCGAGCGAAAACCCAAGAAGCCGUCCCAGUGAGCCUCAGCGCUGACGCAGGUCUCUUCCUAUGCGAGUACAUCUUUUAUGCCUCCCUGGCGGAGAGCAAGCGUGCAGCAGGGCAGGCUGGUUGUCGCCAUGAGGUAGCAGCCAUGGAUGAAGGACCGGAGGGCCUAGGGAGGGGUGAGGCAUGGCGAAGGAAACGCACGAAAGUCCUGUUCGUGCAUUGUCCGCCUGUAGGACAGUACAUGAGCUCGGAAGAGGUGCGCGCAGUGCUGCAGGAAAUUGCAUGGUGGGUUGCUGUGCACGACUGA